CCCUACUCCUCCUCCUCCUUCCGCCCCCUCCCUCCAAGAUGGCGAGCGGCGGUAGCGGCGGGGUGUCGGUUCCUGCGCUGUGGAGUGAGGUGAACCGUUAUGGCCAGAACAGCGACUUCACGCGUGCCCUCAAGACGAUCAACAAGAUAUUGCAGAUCAACAAGGACGAUGUAACCGCCCUGCACUGUAAAGUUGUUUGUCUUAUCCAGAAUGGAAGUUUCAAAGAAGCCUUGAAUGUCAUCAGUACUCACACCAAAGCGUUAGCCAAUAACUCUCUCUCCUUUGAGAAGGCGUAUUGCGAGUACAGGCUGAACAGAAUUGAGAAUGCCUUGAAGACAAUAGAAAGUGCCAACCAGCAGACAGACAAACUGAAGGAGCUUUAUGGACAAGUGCUGUACCGCCUGGAACGCUACGACGAAUGCUUGGCCGUGUACAGGGAUCUUGUCCGGAACUCCCAAGAUGACUAUGAUGAGGAGAGGAAAACAAACCUGUCAGCAGUCAUUGCAGCUCAAAGCAACUGGGGAAAAGCCGCUCCAGAGCACUUGGGUCUCCAAGAAGGCACACAUGAACUCUGUUACAAUGCUGCGUGUGCACUGAUAGGGCAAGGCCAGCUGAACCAGGCAAUGAAAAUCCUACAGAAAGCUGAAGAUCUCUGCCGCCGUUCAUUUUCAGAAGAUUCUGAUGGGACUGAGGAAGACCCACAGGCAGAACUGGCCAUCAUCCAUGGUCAGAUGGCCUACAUCCUGCAGCUUCAGGGGCGGACGGAGGAGGCGCUGCAGCUUUACAAUCAGAUAAUAAAACUCAAGCCAACAGACGUGGCGCUGCUGGCUGUAAUCGCAAAUAACAUCAUUACCGUCAACAAGGACCAAAACGUCUUUGACUCCAAGAAGAAAGUGAAAUUAACCAAUGCAGAAGGAGUAGAGUUUAAGCUUUCAAAGAGACAGCUGCAAGCCAUAGAGUUUAACAAAGCCUUGCUUGCUAUGUAUACAAACCAGGCAGACCAAUGCCGAAAAAUAUCUGCCAGCUUGCAGUCCCAGAGUCCUGAGCGUCUCCUGCCCGUGUUAAUCCAAGCUGCCCAGCUCUGUCGUGAAAAGCAACACGCAAAGGCAAUAGAGCUACUUCAGGAAUUUUCUGAUCAACAUCCAGAAAAUGCAGCUGAAAUCAAGCUUACUAUGGCACAAUUGAAAAUUUCUCAAGGUAAUAUUUCCAAAGCUUGUCUAAUAUUGAGAAGCAUAGAGGAAUUAAAGCAUAAACCAGGCAUGGUGUCUGCACUGGUGACCAUGUACAGCCAUGAGGAAGAUAUUGAUAGUGCCAUUGAGGUCUUCACACAAGCUAUCCAGUGGUACCAGAGCCACCAGCCCAAAUCCCCUGCUCAUUUGUCCUUGAUAAGAGAAGCUGCAAACUUCAAGCUCAAAUAUGGACGGAAGAAGGAGGCCAUUAGUGACCUAGAACAGCUGUGGAAACAAAAUUCAAAAGAUAUUCACACCCUAGCCCAGCUUAUUUCUGCUUACUCCCUUGUGGAUCCGGAGAAAGCAAAGGCUCUCAGUAAGCACCUGCCCUCAUCAGACAGUAUGUCUCUAAAAGUGGAUGUUGAGGCUCUCGAAAAUUCUCCUGGUGCUACGUACAUUCGGAAGAAGGGUGGGAAAGCUACUGGAGAUAACCAACCAAAGGAACAAGGACAGGGAGAUUUGAAAAAGAAGAAGAAGAAAAAGAAAGGGAAACUGCCUAAGAAUUAUGACCCCAAAGUUACCCCAGAUCCAGAAAGAUGGCUGCCAAUGCGAGAGCGGUCUUACUACCGAGGAAGAAAGAAGGGCAAAAAGAAGGAGCCGAUUGGCAAAGGCACACAGGGGGCGACCGCAGGGGCCUCCUCCGAGCUAGAUGCCAGUAAGACAGUGAGCAGCCCACCCACCUCCCCACGGCCUAGCAGUGCGGCCACGAUCGCUCCCUCUACAAGCAACAUCGUGCCCCCCAGACACCAGAAACCCGCAGGGGCCCCAGCAACAAAAAAGAAACAGCAACAGAAGAAGAAGAAAGGAGGCAAAAGUGGCUGGUGAUGAAAAUGUACUUGUUGCAGGCUGUUCCUAGUGCAGUGUCAGUGACAUAGGGACAUAAUAAAGGUAACACAGCAAGAAGCACAGAGCUCCCUCCUCCAUCCGAUAGUCCUGAAAUAAUUUUUUAAACUUCCAGUGGGAAAACAUCCUCCUCAAACUGCCUAAGCAGGUGUGGCCUGCUUGUACCAAAUAGCUUUACAGAAGACUGAAGAUGACAGUGUAAGACAUGUUAUCUAAGUUUCCCAGGAUUUAAGUAGAAAGUGUUUCAACUAGUGUGAAGAUGCGGGAACCUAUCAAGUCUCACCUUAAAUUAUGUCUUACGAGGAGGCUAAGGUGGAAUCUUCUGAGCAUUCCAAGGAUUUGUUUAGAAUUAUCAUGUGAUGAAAAGGGAUCUUAGUGAGUGGCCAGAAAGACUCUGUCUAAAAUAAUUUAACUAUAAUUCUCUGUCUUGUGCACUGGAAUUGGGACUCUGGUGUGUGGAUAUAUAUGUGUACACAUCUGGCUCCCUUGUGCCCUUGUCAUUUCAUUUUCAGAUUAUGUUAACAUGCUGAUUUAGUUCCACUGAAGACCUCAAAACAUAUAUCAGUGUUCCAAGUAGUUGACUCUUAGACCCUGUGUUCUGAGGGCAAACGGGCUUGGGCUUCUUAAUCUCAAUGCUAGUGGCC